AUGGCAGCGCCCUUCCGCAUUAUCCUGCGGUCCUCUUGCAAAUGGACACCCAAAUACAGCUCCAUUCAACCACAAGCACCAAUAUUACGAAUACCCAAACGCUUCCUCUGCACCACUCACACGCGCAAGGAAGCUCGUGCAUUUCCAUCCAUCUUCAUCGCCAUCGGUCUCAUAGGCACAGCGGCAUACUACGUCCUCGCGCCGACGAGCCACAAAACCCUCAACAGCGAUUCAUUCAUCCCCUACACCAUCACCUCCCGCCAGCCCAUCUCUCCCACCUCGGCCAUCUUCACCAUUUCACCGCACCACCACGACCCUUCGCUGCCAUACUUGCUCCCCAGUUCACAAGAGUGGAAGUAUCCACUUUGGUCGGUCGAGUUCAAGCAGCCCGAGGUCCAAAUCGCCCGGCACUACACUCCUCUCCCGCCGGCAGACGGGGAAAACACCAAAGAUGGCACCCUGAGCUUCUACAUUCGCGCUAUAGGAGGUGGAGAAAUGUCUACCUAUCUAAAUAGGCUCGGUGUAGGGCGGGACGUCUACCUCCGAGGACCGCACAAGGGGUUUGAUGUGUUGAAAAGGCUAGGAGAGCAGAAGAAUGUGGUGUUCCUUGCCGGGGGCACCGGUGUAGUUCCCGGCAUGCAGGUUGCCAAGGCCGUUUUAGAGAGAGACGCCACGACAAGCGUAGAGCUGCUAUGGGCUGUACGGAAAAGGGAAGAGCUUCAACAAUGUCGUCAGGGUGGUUCGUCCAAGCCCUGGUGGAACUUUUGGAGCACUGCUGCGCCGGCCGAGUUGACGGCCGAGGUGGAAGAACCAAGCGCAAUGGGGAAGCAGCUCGCGCGGAUGAAGGCCAGGUACGGCGAACGGCUUACCAUCCGCGUGGCUGUGGACGAGGAACGCACACGGUUCACGGAAAGAGACAUUGGAGAGGCUCUGGCUAGUGGUGGGCGUGCACUGCCUAGUCCGGGAUGCCAACUCCACGAUCAAUGCCUCCAUGUGCACGCGUCUGAGUUUGAAGACCCAGAUACCAAGUGCCAGUGUUCUCCUGCUGAUAGGCCCGGAAAGAAUCUGCUCAUGGUUUCCGGCCCAGAUGGAUUCAUUGCAUAUUACGCUGGAGAUAAGAAAUGGAUCGGGGGAACACUGACGCAGGGGACGGUGGGCGGUGUUGCUGGUGUGUUGCAGAGGAAGAAUCCUGUCUUGGCUAACGAUUGGCUUGUUUUGAAGCUGUAA